AUGGAAAUGCUAAAAAGCAUACUUUUCACUCUUUCUUCCUUUAUCCUUUUCCUAUGCGUAUCGCUCUUUAUCGAAAUAUCCUCUCUUCCCUCCUUGAAAGAUACGUUGACAUUGAUCUUCAAUAUUCCAUAUUUUUGGUCCUUGUUUCUUAUUCUUACCUUAAUAAUACCUUCCCCAAUGCUAGUGGUUGUUUAUAUCCUAUUUACCUUUAAAAAGUUCAUAUUCAACCAUUCCAAAAACAUAUUCAAUUCUUUUAAUAGAGCCUUGUAUAUUCUUGCCAUUUCCUAUUGUGUUGUGUCAAUACUCUCAAUCCUCUCCUUUAUAAUAGAUUUAGCAUUCAAAAUAGAGUAUUAUUUUAUUGUGAGAAUGUCAAAUGCUAUUCCAGACAACGGAUAUGUGCAUAUAUUUGCACUAAACGUCAUCAUGGCUCUUCUUGGACAGUCCACCACAUUUUCCAUGGCCUUUUUAAUAACCGAGAUGAUACUAACAUACAAAUUCAAGGUAGUAUCAAUGACCGUUAGGAAUUUCAUACUCAAAAACUACCGGGUGAUCUUGGCAGUUGUCGGUGUUUCGCUUAUUAAUGUAUCCGUUAUGUGUAAAAUUGAGGAUGAAUACAGCAAGAGAUACUUAGCAAACCACUACCCAAAAAGUUUUGGUGUGGCAGAUAGACUUGCAGAAGGUAGCUUGAUAACGAUAGUACUGAUGUACUUGUAUGCAUUGCUAACUGUUCAUGAAAACUAG